AUGUAUCAGCUCGAAAAGCUCACCGAUCCAGGUGAACGUUUGCCUCUUACCUUCUGCUAUGACUACCUCUCACUAUUGUCGUCACCUAUGGUCCCUAGCACCUGGGACUUUGAAAAUCCCUGCAAGGACUGGGAGAGAUCUCUAGAGUAUCAGAAAAAUUCAUUUGUCCUACACCCACAAGCGGCUAAUUUACCAUUUCAUUCGGGUCUUCCCGCGCGAGCCAAUCGUUUCCUUGGAUCCGUGAUCGAAUAUAGCGAGAUAUUAUUGGGAACUUUUGCAGAAGAUCAGGAUCUCCAGAAGGUUCGACUCCUCAAUGGGAUGUCACUAGCAGAUGUUGCAUGUCGGCAGCUGCAAAAGCCACCAAUGGAAAGAUUCAUCGUACCAGCAACACAACUCUUCCCUUAUGCAAAUCAAGAGAGGUUGAAAUUGAUUGCAGCGUCAACGCUAUUAAUUGUAUUACUUGACGAUGCUCAACAAGAGAUCAAAACGGAUAUGCUCGAACAUGCCCUGGAAGAUUUCAGCAAGCGGCUGGCAAAUAGGCCUGUGGAAAAUUCCUCGCGGUCAAGUCGAUUUCAGAAUUUCAUCGACGAGUUUACCCGAGACGUACUCUCAGCAGACGCUAUCACGGAUACUGGAGGACACGAUGUCAUCGAGACAAUGUGCAAGUGGAUCACACAUGAACAGUAUAAAGAACAGUUUGGCUCUGUAACAGAAUAUAUGGAAUACAGGUGGCACGAUUCAGCUUUCCUAUGGACAUGCGCCUGUGUCAAAUUUUCAAUAGCAUCCAAUGUCGAUCUUAGUGACCCGAAGUUAGCGACAUUUAUGCGAGAAGCAGGGAACCAUCUCUCAUUGGUAAACGACUUGGCAUCUUUUGAGAAGGAGGUACGAGAAUUCGAAUCAGGAAAGGCCUCUUCAGUGAUCAAUGUCGUGGACGUGCUCCAACGUGAAAACAAAAUCGAUGCAUUGGAAGCAAAGCGAAGAGCAUAUUCGAUGCAACUUGAGUCAGAGAGUCUCAUAAAGGAAGAACUGGAGCGCUUGAAAUCGCAGGGGUCAUUAUCCCUGGAGCAAUGGCUAUUUGUUGAUGCGGUUAUAGCGAUGCUUGGUGGAAAUGUCUUUUUCUGCAUGACUACAUCCCGAUAUGGUGGAGAAUCAUCACGAAUCGGUGGUUAUGAUUAGAUCUGAUCUUAUAUGCAGGGAAGGACCAGCUUUUACCCUUCUAGGAAAUAUGGUGCGCAACGGCUGGACAUCUAGCAGAGAUCUAGAUAUCGUAU